CCCUUUUCCCAAUUUUCUUAUAAUCAUGCUCCCCGUGUGCAUUCUGUAACGAUGUCAGGUUUGGAUGGCGUUAAUUUUGGCUACGACGUCCGUCAUUGCUACCCUAUCGUGUUUCAAUCGAUUGUUUCAAUCGAAGGAUCGAUCCGUCAUUAAAGAGAAGAACACCGCAAUACUUCCCACAGUUGGGGUGAUAGAAAACAUUAGCAUGUACGUAGUGGGAACACUUUUGAAUCAAGGUGGAUACAUGCCAAGCAAAUUUACUCCGAUCCGACUGGUGGUAGGAGCCUGGUGUCUUCUGACACUGGUUAUGCUCAAUGUCUACAACGGAGUUCUCAUUUCCUACGUAACGGAAACGGGUCGACCACAACCGCUCAUCACUUCGUGCUAUGACGCAGCGUAUGAUUCUAAUAUCAUCCCGGUUCUCGAUAAAGGACUCGGCGCCGAUAUUGUGAUUUCGGUACGAUUUUGAUGCUUUAAAAAAGGAAUGGUGCAAUUACAUAUUUAUAAAUUUUGAGUUUGAAUAAUUUGCAGUCGGCACAACAAGGAUUGUACAAGGCAAUGAAGGACAAAUUGGCAGCACAUCCCAAUUCGAGAUGUCUCGCAACCCAGCAAUGCGUCGAUCUGGUAAAAUCUUUACCGGCUCAACACGUGUAUCUAAGUUCUGUAGUAGGAUUAAAAGCCGCCAUAAGAAAGGAUUACAUGGAAACGCGGCAGUGCAAACUGACUAUAGCUGGAGAAGACCCAUUUAUGAAGCAGGCCGCCGGUUGGGGACUAGCAAAAAACAGCCCUUAUCUGGAGGAAUUCAAUCGAGGAACCGCACGUCUUUUUGAAUUAGGAUUACUAUCUUUGUGGCAGAACUGGUAUGAGCCAAAUUCUAAGCCUUGCUAUGACGACAGGAAAAAUGGUGGUGAAAACAAGAGCAAGGAAAAGUCCCUGGUUCGAUUAUCUUUGACCAAUUUGACAGGGGCAUUUGCUGUUUUAGCUAUUGGAUGUGCCUUGUCCAUCCUAACUUUCUUAGGAGAAUUGAUAAUUUCCCAUGGAAAAAAUAACUGUACUUUGGGGAAUUGAAUUUCAACCCGAAAAGGAAAGACAUACGUAGUACACGCCCUGAUACAUUAAUUCGUACAAGGCUAAUUAAGCUAUUUAGACUAGUGUAACUAUUACUCCGAUACUCCGCACGCAUAAAAACUUUACUUCAUAAAUCACAAAUUUCCGUGCUUAAUUCUUUAUACAAUUAUAAUAUAACGUCAAUGUUAACACGCAAUGAGAAAAAUGCAAUAGGAAAUCAACAAGCCCUCCGACCGAAAAAUUCGAGAAAUCGACAACCGAGAUUAAUUGAAGUGUCAC